AUGUCAUUGCAGGAUCUUAUACCUGUGGUUAACAAGUUGCAAGAUAUUGUAACCACCACACAAUUGGCUGACAUCGACUUACCUAUUUUGGCAGUUGUUGGAUCUCAAUCUUGUGGUAAAUCUUCAGUACUUGAGAACAUUGUUGGUAAGGACUUUUUACCUAGAGGUACUGGUAUUGUUACACGCCGACCAUUGGUGUUACAGUUGAUCAAUAUCAAUGAAGAUGACCCAAUAGUUACAAAACACCAGCCACAGCACAAGAAGAAGAGAAGUAGCAGUAGAAACAACGUUUCUGGUGGUGAUGGUGAUGGUGAUGAUAAUGAUGAUGAUAGAUCUACGGAUCAAGAGGAAGAAGAGGUCAACUUGGAGGAACAUAUUAGGAAAAUGAAUGGUGGUAAAAAUAACAAAGGUGGUAAAAAGUCCAAUACACGCGUUGAAUGGGGUGAAUUCUUGCAUAUUCCCAAUAAACGAUUCUACAACUUUCAUGAUAUUAGGAGAGAGAUCGAAACUGAAACUUUGAGAAUUGCUGGAGAAAACAAAGGGAUCAGCAGAUUACCCAUCAAUUUGAAAAUUUACUCCCCCAAUGUAUUGAAUUUAACUUUGGUUGAUUUACCUGGAUUAACCAAGAUUCCCAUUGGAGAUCAACCCACUGAUAUUGAAAGACAAACAAGAAACUUGAUUUUAGAGUACAUUUCCAAACCAAAUUGUAUCAUUUUGGCAGUUUCCCCAGCUAAUGUCGAUUUGGUAAAUUCAGAAUCAUUGAAAUUGGCAAGACAAGUUGACCCCACGGGUAAAAGAACAGUGGGUAUUUUAACUAAAUUGGAUUUAAUGGACCAAGGAACAAAUGCAUUGGAUAUUUUAAAGGGAAAUGUUUAUCCUUUGAAAUUGGGAUUUAUUGGUAUUGUAAACCGUUCCCAACAAGAUAUUUCGGAGAACAAGUCAUUGGAUGAUUCAUUGUAUUCGGAAGAACAAUUUUUUGCCAAUCAUCCUGCUUAUAGGCUGAUGGCUAACAAGUGUGGUACCAAAUACCUAGCCCAAACAUUGAACAAAAUUUUAAUGAAUCAUAUUAGAGAUAGGUUGCCUGACAUCAAGGCCAAGUUGAAUACUCUUAUGGGUCAAACUGAACACGAAUUGGCUUCUUAUGGAGAUAUGCCAAAUAUUGGCGAUUCAAAGGAAGCAAGAGGAGCAAUGAUUCUUACUCUUAUGACUAAAUUUGCUAAUGGGUUUAUCAAUUCAAUUGAAGGUAAUUCGGUGAAUGAAAUUGAUACCAAGGAGUUGUGCGGAGGGGCUAGGAUCUACUACAUUUACAACGAGGUAUUUGGUUCAACGUUGGCAUCAAUUAAUCCUACUCAUAACUUAUCAAUCCAAGAUAUUCGUACCGCAAUUAGAAACUCAACUGGCCCAAGACCUGCAUUAUUUGUACCGGAAUUGGCAUUUGACUUGUUGGUGAAACCCCAGAUUAGCUUGUUGGAAAACCCAUCACAGCGGUGUGUUGAGUUAGUUUAUGAAGAAUUGAUGAAGAUUCUCCACAGUGUUUGCACGUCAAGUAUUGGGCCUGAGUUGAGUAGGUACCCACGUUUACAAAAUCGAUUGAUUGAAGUGGUUAGCGACUUGCUCAGGGAAAGACUUGGACCAACAAUCAAAUAUGUUGAGUCAUUGAUUGAAAUCCAUCGUGCUUAUAUCAAUACUAACCAUCCAAACUUCGUUGGUGCAGCAAAGGCCAUGAGUGAAGUUGUUGCCGAACGUCAAAAGCAAAAAGAGCAGGAGCUGAAUAGUAAGUUAAGAUUGGCUACUCAAAGAAUCUUAGGUAAAAAGAUGAAGAAUGAUGCAAUUGAAGAAGACAUUGAAGAUGGAGAAGAUGGGGAAGAUACUGAUGAGGCGGUGCAAAAAAUGAAAGACGAUUUGAAUUCAGUUGAUGAUAAAAUAGACGAGGUUCCUAAACACAAGAGAUCAUUCUCGAAUAGGUCUAAAGCUGAACAUUCCAACCACUCACAUUCACAUCAACAUAGCAACGAGUCAUACCUCAAUUAUUUCCUUGGAAAAGAUCCUGUUGUUCAUCAACAACAAUUACAAGCCCAAGCACAAUUACAUCCAACUCCGUUCAAAUUCCCCCACCCACAAGAAACGACAUUGCAGUUCAAUACUCAAUUUGUCAACAAUGGGGUUAUUCACAGUCCAACGCAACAAUAUCAACAGCCCCAAACAGUAACAUCACCAUCAAUCAACGGAAACAUGUCCCACGAUCUCAACAAAUUGUCACUUGAUGAAUCCAAUGAUGGAUCAUUUGAAGGUGAUAAUGCCAUUUUGGAAUUAACUGAACGCGAGCAGAUGGAAUGUGAAUUAAUUAGGCGUUUGAUUAUUUCCUAUUUCAGCAUUGUUCGUGAAAUGAUCCAGGACCAAGUACCUAAAUCGAUCAUGUGCUUAUUGGUGAAUCAUGUAAAACAACAGAUUCAAAAUCGAUUAGUGGUUAAACUAUAUAACGACAAGUUAUUUGAUGAAUUGUUACAGGAGGAUGAAGGCAUACAAGCUGAACGAGAAAAAUGUGUUGAGUUGCUAAAGACUUAUAAAGAAGCAUCAAGGAUUAUCAGCGAGGUGGUGUAA